AAGCGAUAAGAAUUUCAAUAUUCCAAGUCCUUCUGAUGGUGCAAGAGAUGCGACAAUGAAUAAAACAAUACAAUCUACCGUUUUUUAUCUAGUCUUUCAUAUUUCUAAAGAUGUCUUUGGAUAAAGUAAAACAUAUCGUUCUCGUGAGUAUCCUAAUGCGACAAGAAUACCCAUUAUCAUCAAUUAACAAAGAACCUCACAGGUCCUAUCCGGCAAAGGAGGCGUCGGAAAAUCCUCCGUCACAACCCAACUCGCCCUCUCCCUUUCCCUCGCCGGCUCCUCAGUCGGAAUCCUCGAUAUCGAUCUAACCGGCCCCUCCAUCCCCCGUCUUUUCUCCCUCGAAUCUGCGAAAGUAACACAAGCACCCGGUGGCUGGAUCCCCGUCCCCGUUCACCCCUCCAACCCCUCUUCCUCCAUCGGCGCCCUAUCAUGCAUGUCUCUCGGUUUCCUACUAAGAGAACGGGGUGAUGCAGUUGUAUGGCGUGGACCGAAGAAAACCGCAAUGGUUAGACAAUUCCUCACGGAUGUCUUAUGGGGCGAACUCGAUUACCUUCUCAUUGAUACCCCGCCUGGCACCUCGGAUGAACAUAUUUCAUUGGCAGAAACACUCCUGAAGAAUGCAUUUCCGGGGCAAGUGGCAGGCGCGGUGGUUGUAACGACGCCACAGGCGGUGGCAACAGCAGAUGUUAGGAAAGAAUUAAAUUUCUGCACGAAGACUGGAAUACAUGUUAUUGGAGUCGUGGAAAAUAUGAGUGGUUUCGUGUGUCCAAACUGUUCGGAAUGUACGAAUGUUUUCAACAGAGGUGGUGGAGAGGUUAUGGCUAAGGAUUUUGGAGUACAAUUCUUGGGACGGGUACCGAUUGAUCCUCAAUUCGGAAUGUUGGUCGAGGCUGGAAGAAAGCCAGUAUAUCCAGAGGGAACACUAAUAAAUGGGAAAGACAUGAGCGGUGCCCAAAACAGCAUUGAUAAUAUUGGAGACGACGCGCUAUUAGUAGAGAAAUAUCGGGAAUGUUCUUUAUGUCCAAUUUUCCAGGACAUAACCAAACAGGUCAUGGACGCGGUGGAAGGAAAGAGUUUAGAAGCAGCAUCGAGUGAAUGAGAUUUGAUUUUACAAAUCACUGUGUAGCACAACUGCGGGUGUUGGGGAUUUUUGAGCAUUUACAUGGCGGCUAUUAGAAGUAUAUGAAGAUGCAGCGUCCACAAAGGAUAGCUUUGAACGAUUGAACGAGUAUUGAAUAAAUAUAUGGUCACAUCAGGAUCAAAAUACUAUCAUACUACAUAUAUAUCCUCCCUCAUCAAUACCAAGCCA